GCUGCUUCUUUUCAAUCGCAUGGUGCAAAAUUUUAUUGCGGAUCAAAUCUUCCAAAUAUAAGAUCACUAAGCAUUCGCUAAUGUUGUGUAGAAGUUUCCAAACAUUAUAGGUGCAGAUUCAAUCCAGAGAUCUUGGAAUGAAUUUCACAGAGCUCUGAGUUCAUGUACAUCGUCCGUACAACAUUUUUGACGAGGUUAAUUUGUGUAACUAGGCGGUUCUAUUUAUGAUUUGGCAAUGACAACUGUCGACUACCUAUCUAUCUAGGUCAAAAAAGAAUCGAAAUUCCACCUGCUACGUAAGCCGAUCGGCAUCUAUGAUGUCGGGAGGGAAAAGGGUUUUUAGCGCUUUUGCAGAAUUUCCUUAAUUUAAUCGCACCUUCGCUUUCCACGGUAAAGUAGAUUGUACUUUUGGAACCUUGUAGAAACUUUCGAGCUUUUGAUGGUCGAUUUGUGAACUUUGGAUUCCUGGAGCUCAAUAUUUUGGAGUCGAAGUAUUAUUUUCGAUUUAAUUCGUGGUGAAAUGGCCCGCUCGAUGCGUGUUUGAUGAAAUUGAGCUUAUGUAGGGGUUGAACUUGUUUCUAUGGGUUAUAGUCUUCUGGGCUUUGGAAAUUUUGCUAAAUUUGUUGCGGUGAUGAGUUAUUUGGUGCCUGGACCUUUAGCUUUACUUUGUUGGUGUGCAAAUAUUCAAUUAUUAUUGAGAUCAGAGUUCAAAUUAUUGGUGUGAGGAUAUCUAUUUUGGACCAGGGAAGUUGUAUAUACACUGUAUAUCUGUUAGAGGAAGUUUGUGCAUACAUUUUAUAUCCGUCGGUAGUGAUCAUGAAGAAAUCAAGGAAGGUCGUGACGCGAAGGGUGGGGAAGUAUGAGAUGGGUAGGACUAUUGGCGAGGGAAACUUCGCCAAGGUGAAAUUUGCGCAAAAUACAGAAACUGGAGAGAACGUGGCCAUGAAAGUGCUUGAGAAGGGAACCAUUCUUAGGAAUAGGAUGGUCGACCAGAUUAAAAGGGAAAUAUCCAUAAUGAAGCUUGUGAGGCACCCCAACAUUGUCCGUUUAAAUGAGGUUUUGGCUAGUCAGUCAAAGAUCUAUAUUGUGUUGGAGUUUGUUACGGGAGGUGAAUUGUUUGAUAAAAUUGCUCAUCAAGGAAGACUUGGUGAGAAUGAAUCACGUAGAUAUUUCCAACAGCUUAUAGAUGCUCUUGAUUACUGUCAUAGUAAGGGUGUUUACCACAGGGAUUUAAAGCCUGAGAAUCUUCUUCUAGAUUCUCAAGGAAACCUGAAAAUUUCAGAUUUUGGACUGAGUGCCUUGUCUCAACAAGAAGAUGGACUUUUGCACACCACCUGUGGAACGCCAAAUUAUGUAGCACCUGAGGUUCUAGGGCACAAAGGUUAUGAUGGUGCAGCGUCAGAUGUGUGGUCUUGUGGAGUAAUACUGUAUGUGUUAAUGGCUGGAUAUCUUCCGUUUGAUGAGAGUGAUCUUGUGAGUUUGUAUAGAAGGAUCAAUGUGGCAGAUUUUUCCUGCCCAAACUGGUUCUCUGCUAGUGCCCAGUCUUUAAUUUCUAGAAUUCUUGAUCCAGAUCCUAUUAAGAGAAUAAAAAUAAAAGAAAUUCGGGAUCAUGAGUGGUUCAAGAAGAAUUAUGAGCCAGUACAACUUUAUGAAGAUAAGGAUAUUAACUUGGAUGACAUACUUGCAGUUUUUAAUGAUGCAGAGGAACGAUAUGUAAGUGAGCAAAGGGAGGAGAAAGAAACAGGUCCACUGAUGAUGAAUGCAUUUGAGUUGAUAACUCUAUCUCAAGGACUCAAUCUCUCUGCAUUAUUUGACAGGCGGCAGGGCUAUGUUAAGCGCCAAACACGAUUCAUCUCUAGAAAACCGGCAAAAGUUAUAAUAUCAACGAUGGAUGCUGCUGCACGAUUAAUGGGUUUCAGGGUUCAGACACGAAACUACAAGAUGAGACUUGAGGGGCUUACUACAAACAAGACUGGACAACUUGUUGUUGCAUUAGAGGUUUUUGAGGUUGCUCCUUCCAUUUUCAUGAUUGAAGUACGAAAGGCUGUCGGUGAGACUCUGGAAUAUCACAAGUUCUACAAAACUUUCCGUGGUCGUUUGGAGGACAUUCUUUGGAAGCCAAUUCAUGAGGCAGAUAAAUCACAACUGAAAAGAACGGAGAGCCGCUGAAAUUUUACAGUUAUUUGGGGUUUAUCAACAGGCGUCUUCAAUUGCAGGAAUACAGUUGUAUAUAGAUUUUCCCUUAAUUUAUGAUCGUCGAGUUAUCAUCCUAUGAUCAUUGAGUGAUCACCUCAGUGCUUUUGUGAUAAUGUAUGUGGAAUCGGGUCAAGCAUGGCAUGCGGGUAUUAUGGUUGUAAGUUAUAUUAUUCGAAAUGCAAAUCACAUAUGACAUCUACCAGUACUAGUAAUAAUCCCAGUGUUAUCUAGGUGAAAAGAUGAUUCUCCUGUAAAACUUAAUCCCCUAGACAUACUGUGUACUGGACAAGUAACUUCGAAUGUUACAUCCUGCACUCAAUGGAGGAAUUAUGCUGUACAAAUUAAGAGAAUAGCCACGCUGAACUGGCCACCCACAGGGCAGUGUGGUUUUAGAAUCCGAUUUUCGAAGUUCUCAUCUUAUAGCUACUUCUUUAUUAAUGAAUGUUUGAUCCUUA